GAAGAAAGGACAGGCAGGGAAGUGUGGGGGUGUUGUGCCCAGGUACAGUCAGAUCCUCUCCCACAGCUGGGAGGGGCUAAGGGCGGGAGACACCAGCUGGUCUGGUCUGGAAGGAAGGUCACCUGACUCACAACUUAGCCUGGUCCUGCACACACCCCCUCCAGUAUCACAGAGAAGCUGAUCCCACACUCAACACUGGAUAAACAGUUGUACCCUCUGUUCCAGCUGCCAACAACAUCAUGUCUGUGAGCAAUGGGAGGUUGGAGUCAUCCCUGGUCCAUGAGAUCCUCAGCCACCUGGGUCUGGCCAACAAGACUGCAGCUUGGGGCACCUUGGGCACUCUCAGGCCCUUUUUGAGCUUCAACGUGGACAAGGAUGUACAACAGCUGCUAGAAGCUAUCGCAGGCCAAGGUGUGAAUCAGGAUACCAUAGUGGAUGUGCUUACCAACCGGAAUGGUGAACAAAGGCAACUCAUUGCCAGAGCCUUCCAAGAGCGCACCCAGCAGGACUUGCUGAAAUCCCUGCAGGCAGCUCUUUCUGGAAGCUUGGAGAAGGUUGUGGUAGCACUGCUGAAGCCCACAGCCCAGUAUGAUGCCCACGAGCUAAGAGCAGCCCUGAAGGAUGUAAGUUCUGCUGAGGACGUAGGAGUGGAAAUCCUUUCUACACGUUCCCCACCCCAGCUACAGGAGUGUCUGACUGUCUACAAACAUGAUUUUCAGGUGGAGAUUGAGGAUGAUAUGAGGUCAGAGACAAGUGGCCUCCUCAGAGACCUGCUGCUAGCAUUGGCUAAGGGCACUCGGGAGAGCUAUUCUGGGAUAAAGGAUUACAACCUGGCAGAGCAGGAUGCACAGGCAUUACAAGAGGCUGGAGAAACGGGCACAGGGGCAACUUGGAUCAUGAUUUUUACCCAGCGAAAUACUGAACACCUCAACCGAGUGUUUGAUGAGUACCAGAGCCAUAGUGGUCAGGUGAUAGAGGAGGGCAUCCGGAACUGUUUUCAUGGAAGUGCCCAGACUGCUCUUCUCACCCUAGCCUCUGUGAUCAGGAACACGCCGCUGUACUUUGCUGAAAAACUCCACCAGGCUCUCCAGGGAACUGAGCCAAACCACCAAGUCUUGAUGCGCAUCCUCAUUUCUCGAAGUGAGACUGACCUUCUAAGCAUAAGAGCAGAGUUUAAGAAGAAGUUUGGAAAGUCCCUCUAUUCAUCUCUCCAGGAAGCCAUGAGAGGGGACUGCCGGUCAGCUUUACUAGCCCUAUGUCGGGCUGAAGACAUUUGACAUACACAUCCCCCAAAACCUUGUGUCUACCACUCCCGUCUCCCCCUCUUGUCAUUUCCAAGGAUCAGAGGCUUGCAGGCCCAGCUGAGCCCUC